AUGCCCAACCCCCUCAAGGCAAUACAUGCAAGUUUCAACCUCCUGACCUGCGCGCUGGACCACGACCAGGUCCCAAAUGAUAUCCGUCGCAGUCUCGAGCUCGUUCGAACAUGCGACUCAGAUCUUCAGCAUCUCAUAGAACUACGUCAAGAAUGUCUCCAUCUUCUUCAGCGCCGCCCAAGGGUUCUUGAGCGCGUACACAACAUUAUCGAGUCAGCUCGAAGAGGACUCCAAGAAGUCUGCGAGAUUGUCGAGAGAUGUCGACCAGAGACCGACAGAGGUGGAAAGACCACAUUUUCGAAAUGCAUGGCAUGGGUGCUUGUAGAUGCGAGUGAGUUCAAGAGCCAGGAGCCUAUUGUUAGUCGACAUCAUGCUGCUGUGCUCGCUGAGUUGAACUUUUUGAGACAGAUAGCUCUUUUGGCUCCUGUUCCCGAAACCGUGAGAGCUGAGGACAAGUGUGGUGUAAGAGAAGAAGCUGCAGUAAUCGACAACAUCGACGACGACGCCAUCUUCGCUCCAGGUACCCCAGUCUCUUCAUCGAUCAACGAGUUCGCAGACGAUGCAUAUGGAGCAUGCGCCUGA